AUGUCCUCCAAGAAAAUCAUCGCUCUCGACAAUGGGUUGGGCAAGCCACUCGGCACACUCAGCUUUGCGGGAAUUGUCACACGUCCCGAAAUUCUGUCCAUCGAUACGAAGAAGGGCUCCUCUGCCCAACCACUUACUCUGGACCUCGCCGGUACUCCCAAGGGCGACCACCCAUUGCUCUUGGUUGAUGGAAUCACGUGGAGUCCCAAGACACAACGCAUAUACUGGACCAAUAUGGGCAUUCCCACAUCUAACGAUGGCUCAAUCUAUUCUAGCCGGCUUGAUGGAUCAGAUGUUCAAGCCGUCGUCCCAGCUGGGGGUGUUCACACUCCGAAGCAGCUCACGAUCGAUAACGAAGCCUCAAGACUAUACUUUUCUGAUCGCGAAGGACUCAGAGUCAUGAGCUGCGCACUUGAUGGAUCGGACAUCCAGGUCCUCAUCACUACUGGUGACUGGCGCGAUGAGGCCCAGACGACUGACCAAACCAAAUGGUGUGUGGGCAUCACUGUUUCUCACGAGAAUGGUUUGUUCUAUUGGACCCAGAAAGGACCAUCCAAAGCCGGCCGAGGCAGGAUCUUCUGCGCUCCUAUUGAAUCAUCUGGCCCUCGUACACCCAUCUUGCUGCUAGACCGUCUGCCCGAACCCAUUGACCUUGAAGUCCACGGAGACCACCUUUACUGGACCGAUCGCGGCGAGCUUCCGUUUGGAAACACUUUGAACAGAGCAAACCUCAAUUCAUCAGGAACAGAAGUCCUUCAGGCUGAGAAUACGCCUGCUGGUCUCAAAUACCAGGUCUUGGCACAAAACUUCGAUGAGGCCAUUGGUCUCAGCUUAGUCCCCGAGCUGAAGAAGAUCUAUGUCUCUGAUCUUGGUGGUUCCAUCUGGAGUUAUGACAUGGACACGUCUGUGAAGGAGCUCCACUUCCAGGACAAAGAUCGUGGUUUCACUGGUAUUGUUGUCAUCUAG